AUGCAAUCUGUAGAACAGUAUACAGAACAAGUGAGGACUUUGACUCAAUAGUGCAUCGAAACCUUUGAUCGAUUUAUGGAUGUAAACAAAUUUCUUUUUUAACAUCUUAGGAAUCAUACGAUAGAGUCAAUGGAGCCAUUGACUCCAUUUACGAGUAAAUUUGUUUAAAGCCAGCACCUGAAUAGAUAAGGACCAAAGAACAAGUACUGAACUUGUAAAAUUACCGGAUGCUCCGAAAGUGAAGAUAGAAGUGAUAAUCAAUAUCACUCCUGAUGAGACCAAAUCAUUUAGAUAAAAAAGAAGUUUUUAAUUAAUUUAUUUAUAGACUUGUGUAAUAAUAGAAGGCAGAAGUAGUAGUACAGGAAGAGCAGGAGGUAUUUGAGAGAUAGGAGGAUCUCUUACAAAUUUUAUCUAAUGCUAAUUAGAUAAUGAUUGAUGAUGAUGACCCAUCAUCAAUAUUUAAGAAACUUUUAGAUAUGCUCAAGAAGGAGUAAAUCAAAGACUGUGUGGCAUAUCUAUAAUAACUUAAGAAUUCAGAUAAAUAGGAAAAGGAGCAAAUUAAGAAGAUAAUUAAUAUAUUGAAGAAUAUAAAAGAUCAUGAAUUCAAUUUGAUGGACUAUUCCUCAGAACAACUUGAAGAGAUUAAGAAGGAUCUGAUCAAGAAGUUGUAAGGUUAAAGAGCAUGA